AUGAACGAUUCAGCUUUACGAGAUAUUAUUCCAUCUAAUGAUGAUGUAUCUAUAAAGAAAACACGACAAAAACAAUUUUCAAAUAUAUGUAAAAUUCUUAUGUUCGUAUUUCUUUUGGGAUUUAUUUCUACUGGGAUUGUUGCAUUAGCAUUAAUUCUUGGAUAUUCUGGUAAAUCAUUUAUAUAUCUUAUUAUGCAAUCUUCUGAAGCAAAUUUAUUAUCAUCAUCAUCAAAUCAAACUCGAGUUUUAACAUUUCAUCAAGAAAGUUUGUAUUCAACUGGAAUAUUGAAUGAACAAGAUUUAAAAAAAAUAACUAUUAUACCAAUUAAUAAUAAUCAAGAAAUUGAUGUAUCAUCAAUAAUAAUGAAAACAAAACAAGAAGAUCAACAGAUAUUAACAAAUAUACAAUCAAUGAAAUCUAAUCGAUCAUUGAAUACAAUAGUUGACGAACAAUCAACUUCUUCAACUAUUCAAACAACAAUAUCUAAUCAUCAAUCAAUUAUUCUAUCAUCUAUAAUAACAAUAAAAAAUCAAGAAUAUGUUGAAACAUCAGAAGAAAAUGAAAAGACAACUAUUGAUACUUUUACUUCAACAUUUCUAAUGCCUAAAAUCCAAGAUCAUGAAAUGACGACAUCUGAAAUGAUUCCAUCAACUACUAAUAUUGAUUUACAAUCUUCAACAAAUACAAAUAAGAAAAAAAUUGAUAUAAAAAAACAUAAACGAGUUCAUGAUGAUGAUGUUUUUAAUGAUCUUUUAUUUAUAUAA